AUGUCUGAAGAAACAAAUACAAAGAAAACAAUUAAAAUUGAACCGAUGGAUGAUUAUCCUCAUGUGAAACAGGAAUUUGAUGAUUAUGAAAAUACGUCAGAUUUGUGUACGGAUGAUAAUGAUGAUAUAUGUCUACAGCAAUUUCUAAAAUCUGAGGUUACAAUUGAUGAGGAAAUAAAACAAGAGACGAUUGAUGACCAAGAUAAUGUGACUAGUACAAACAGAACAGUUUUAGAUGAAAAACCUUACAUAUGUCAAGAAGAGAUCACUAAAUCAAGUAAAACAACUAAUAAGUUGAAACCUUAUGAAUGUGAAAUAUGCCAUAAAACAUUUGCAUCAAAACAAACCUUACAAAGACAUGGACAAGUCCACACUGGAGAACAGCCUCAUGAGUGUACUAUAGAUGAUAUCGAAGCAUCUUUUGUGUUUCUUUUGCGAGAAACUGAUAGCAGCGAUUGGAUUUACUGCAAACUUUUGAACGUAGAACAGACGAUAUCGAGCAGUAUCGAUACUUUUUUAUAUUAG